CCUCUGGGAACGUCUUCUGGUGGGUACCAAAGGCCUGAUUCCAGGCCCUAUGGCCUGUGGAACCUCACCCCUGGGGGGAAGGCUGGGCCGGACAGAGACAUCUCCUGUGGCGCCGGCCGCAUGGAUGAGGCGGAGUGGACGCCAAGACCAGCCAGGGCAGAGGACCUAAGGGUUGGGCUCAUCAGCUGGGCAGGAUCCUACCUCACUUUUGAGACAUAUAAGAACACGGUCACUGCUACUGCCAAGGGUUUGGGCCGGAGACAGACCUGGGAAAUCCUAGUGAGCAACGAGCAUGAUGCACAGGCUAUGGUGCGACUAAGAAGCUUGCAAGGCCUCUAUCUUCUGUGUGAGGCAGAUGGUUCCCUGUGCUACGGCCGGCCAAGAACAAGCCAUCAUGGAUGCUUCCUCCUCCGUUUUCACCGCAAUGGCAAAUGGACCCUCCAGUGCAUCAUCAGCGGUCGUUAUCUGGAAUCUGAUGGCGAGGAUGUUUUCUGCACCUCCCGGGUCCUCUCAGCUUACCACAUGUGGACCCCUCGGCCAGCCCUGCAUGUCCACGUGAUCCUCUACAGCCCCCUCAACCACUGCUAUGCCCGGGCUGACCCCACCAUGGGCCGAGUCUGGGUGGACGCACCAGUUCCCUGCCUGGAGGAAUGUGGCUUCCUGUUGCAUUUCCAGGAUGGAUGCUACCACCUGGAGACCUCUGCACACACCUUCUUGUCUCACUUAGACCGGCUGGUCUCCCAGCCCUCAACACAGACGGCUUUCCACAUGCAAGUGCGGCCUGGAGGGCUUGUGGCACUGAGCGAUGGCGAGGGGGGCACGCUGUAUCCUCAGGGUACACGCCUGCUCCUGGGUCUGGGCUCCAGUCCCUGUGGGGGUGAGGAGUGGUUCAUCCUACAGCGCUGCCCUACCUGGGUCAGCCUCAGGUCAAAGACUCGGAAGUUUCUCUCCGUCGUCUAUGAUGUUGAGGUGUGCGCUGCCUCUGAGCACAUAACCCCCAUGUCCUUGUUCCAGUUUGAGUGUAACAAUGAGAGCCCCAAUGUGCAGCUUCGUUCCUCCAAUGGCUGCUACCUUGUCCAGAGGCGCCACAGGACAGUGAUGGCUGAUGGGCACCCACUGGAGUCUGACACCUUCUUUCGUAUGCACUGGAAUUGUGGCAGGAUCAUCCUGCAGUCUCCCAAUGGACGUUUCCUGGGCAUCGUAGCUAAUGGUCUGCUGAUGGCCAAUGCCACCAUUCCAGGCCCAAAUGAGGAAUUUGGGAUCCGAUUAGCCAACCGUCCCUUUCUCGCCUUGCGGGGCCGGUAUGGCUAUGUGGGCACCUCCUCCGAACAUGACCUCCUGCAGUGCAAUAUGGAUCAGCCCGACUGCAUUCACCUGCUGCCCUGCCGCCAGGGCAUCUACCACUUCCAGGCACAGGGAGGAUCCUUCUGGUCAAUAACAUCCUUUGGGACCUUUCGCCCUUGGGGAAAGUUCGCCCUCAACUUCUGUAUAGAGCUUCAGGGCAGCAACUUGCUCACGGUGCUGGCACCCAACGGCUUCUACAUGCGGUCCGACCGAAGUGGCACCCUGUUGGCAGACAGCGAAGACAUUACCAAAGAGUGUAUUUGGGAAUUUUAG